AUGUCUGACCCUAAGCAAUACACCGUGGGGUGGAUUUGCGCCAUCAGUACGGAGUACACGGCGGCAAAGGCUUUUCUGGAUGAGACGCACCUAAUGCCGGAACCUCUCUCUCCGGCGGACAACAAUGCCUAUACAGUAGGCAUGAUCGGCAAGCAUAAGGCCGUCAUUGCAGUCUUACCUGACGGUGAGUACGGUACCGCAUCUGCAGCAAGCGUGGCACGAGACAUGCUGCAUAGCUUUCCAAACAUCAAAAUUGGCCUGAUGGUCGGCAUCGGUGGCGGCGCACCAAGCCCCAAGCAUGAUAUUCGCCUGGGCGAUAUUGUGGUCAGCGCAUCUCGAGAUGGACGGGGUAGUGUUUUCCAGUACGACUUUGGCAAAGCGAUACAGCAUCAAAGUUUCCAACAAACAGGAGUCCUAAACCAGCCGCCAACAUCCUUACGAACGGCGCUCAGUGCACUGAAGAGUGAUUAUGAGAGCGACGGGCAUCGGCUUGAAGAAUCUAUCAACAGUAUUCUAGAACAGAAGCCAAGACUACGGAAGAAGUACAGGCGGCCGGAAGCAAGCAGUGAUAAGCUAUAUCGAAGCGAGUUUGUUCAUCCUGUCGACGAAGCAAGCUGUGCAGUGACAUGCGGCGAUGCUCGGUCUCACUUGGUAUCGCGACAAGAACGGACAGACGACGAGGAUAACCCUGCCAUUCACUAUGGCUUGAUUGCAUCCUCAAACCAGCUGAUGAAAGAUGCCUUGAUUCGGGAUAGGCUUGUUGUUGAAAAGGAUGUUCUUUGCUUUGAGAUGGAAGCGGCGGGGCUCAUGAACCAUUUCCCCUGCCUCGUGAUUCGCGGCAUAUGCGACUAUGCCGACUCCCAUAAAAAUAAAGAGUGGCAAGGGUAUGCAGCGAUGGUGGCAGCUGCAUAUGCGAAGGACCUUCUGCAGAGAAUUUCUCUGAACAGAAUUGACGCCGAGGAGAAAAUUAGUGUCAUUCUAUCUGAUGUGCUGAAAAGUACCAACCAAAAUGCAGAGCGGGCGUACGACCAACGAGAGCGACAUCAAGAUGAGCAGAAAAUAAGAGCUUUAACGGAGCAACAACAACGCUGUCAUCAAGUUUUCAAGAAAUCAAACUACGAGGAACAAAAAAACGUGAAUCCAUGCCGAGCGGAAGGAACUUGCCAUUGGGCGUUACAGAGUUCCGAAUACCUUCGUUGGUUAACUAGCAGCCACAAUGACCUUUUAUGGGUCUCCGCCGAUCCAGGCUGCGGGAAAUCUGUCCUGGCCAGAUCAAUUAUAGAUGAUCAGUUGCUAGCUUCAAGUCCAGCAGUGACUAUUUGUUACUUUUUUUUCAAAGACAAUGAAGAGCAAAACCGACUUGAUGAAGCUUUAUGUUCCAUACUGCAUCAGCUCUUUGAUCAGCAGCCCCACCUAUUACCUUACGCCAUAACCUCAUGGGAAAGGAAUGGAGAGGCGCUCCGAAAUGAGGCUGAUGAGCUGUGGCGAAUCUUCAUAGCGGCAACAUCAUCUAAUGCUUCGUCCCAGACGAUCUGCAUUUUGGAUGCACUUGAUGAAUGCCGUGAUGUUGAUCAGGAUCGAUUGAUUCAGAAGCUCCAGCUCUUCCACCGCCAGAAAUUUGCACCGACCAAAGAGACCUCUUUGAAGUUUCUAAUCACUAGUCGUCCCUAUGACCGUAUCCAGAAUGGCUUCCAACCGACCACGGACUCUUUUCCACAUCUGCACCUGAAGGGCGAAGAAGAAAAUGAUCAGAUCCACAGGGAAAUAGAUCUGGUGGUGAAGAUGCGAGUAAGAGAGCUGGCCGACACAGCACCGCUAUCAUGGGAUAUACAGCAGCGGCUGGAGGCGAAAUUGUUAGGAAUGGAACACCGCACAUAUCUUUGGCUAUAUUUGGCCAUUGACGACAUUCGAUCUACCUUUGAGAAUAGCCUUUGUCCCGCCGAGGAAUCAGUUCAAAUGAUACCUUCGUCGGUCGGCCAGGCAUAUGAGAAGAUUCUUAGUCGAGUGCCUCCUGGCCAGGAGAGCAUCGUGAAAAAGGUCUUGCAGAUCAUUGUUGGAGCACGGCGGCCUUUGACGAUAGCAGAAAUGGCUACCGCGUUGGGCUUGGCUCGAUCCCCACAAUCGCGGCCGGCAGCACUGGCUGUAGUUGAUCCACUGCGGCUGGAGACGAAGCUCCGUCGUUUAUGCGGCCUUUUUGUUUUCGUCAAGAACUCCAAGAUCUAUCUGAUUCACCAGACAGCAAGGGAAUUUCUCAUUGAAAAGGCAAAUUCGAACGAUCUGAAUUUUUCAUACGCAUGCGGCCUCAAUGACACUGAGAACCAAAUGGCUGUUUUGUGCGUGCAGUAUCUAUUAGCAGAAGAUGCUGAAGAUUUCACCGGCGCAUCGCGGGCUUCUGAGAGCCUUUUGGGAUAUGCAGCUAUACAUUGGCCCGAUCACGUGAGACACAUGACAUUGAGUUCAGACCAGGAGAUGAUUGAUCGAGUACGUCGAUUGUAUGACACAUGUGAAGAGCAAUUUUCUCCAUGGCUGUCCCUCUUCUGGCAAGCAGUGAUGCCAAACCGGAGAGCGCCUCGAAUGAAUGCACUGCAGCUGGCAGCAUUCAAUGGCCAUACGCAACAGGUUAGCUUGCUACUUGCGACAGAUAAGUUGGAUAUUGAUACACCGGAUACUACUAAUACAUAUCCGCUUACAUGGGCUUCACUGCAUGGUUCCGAUGAAAUUGUGAAGAUGCUGCUAGAGCAAGGAGCCGAUGUCAACGCCCAGGGUAGAGACUACGGAAAUGCCCUCUACGCGGCUUGUUCCGGAGGACACGACAAGAUCGCACAGAUGCUGCUAGAGCAAGGAGCCGAUAUCAACGCCCAGGGUAGAUAUUUCGGAAAUGCCCUCUACGCGGCUUGUUUCGGAGGAUACGAUAAGAUCGCACAGAUACUGCUAGAGCAAGGAGCCGAUGUCAACGCCCAGGGAGGUAUUUACGGAAAUGCCCUCCAGGCUGCUUGUGACGGAGGACAUGAUAAGAUCACACAGAUACUGCUAGAGCGAGGAGCCGAUAUCAACGCCCAGGGUGGACACCACGGAAAUGCCCUCCAGGGUGCUUGUCUUAGAGGACACAAUAAGAUCGCGUAUAUACUGCUAGAGCGAGGAGCUGAUGUCAACGCCCAGGGCGGAGAGCUCGGAAAUGCCCUCCAGGCUGCUUGUUCUGGAGGACACGAUAAGAUCGCACAGAUGCUGCUAGAGCGAGGAGCCGAUAUCAACGCCCAAGGUGGUGACUACGGAAAUGCCCUCCAGGCUGCUUGUUCUGGAGGACACGAUAAGAUUGUACAGAUACUGCUAGAGCGAGGAGCCGAUGUCAACGCUCAGGGUAUAGACUACGGAAAUGCCCUCUACGCGGCUUGUUCCGGAGGACACCACACGAUCGCACAGAUGCUGCUAGAGCGAGGAGCCAAUAUCAACGCCCAAGGUGGAGGGUACGGAAAUGCCCUCCAUGCUGCUUGUUCCGGAGGACACAAUAAGAUCGCACAGAUGCUGCUAGAGCAAGGAGCCGAUGUCAACGCCCAAGGUGGAGACUACGGAAAUGCCCUCCAGGGUGCUUGUCUUAGAGGACACGACAAGAUCGCACAGAUACUGCUAGAGCGAGGAGCCAAUAUCAACGCCCAAGGUGGAGGGUACGGAAAUGCCCUCCAUGCUGCUUGUUCCGGAGGACACAAUAAGAUCGCACAGAUGCUGCUAGAGCAAGGAGCCGAUGUCAACGCCCAAGGUGGAGACUACGGAAAUGCCCUCCAGGGUGCUUGUCUUAGAGGACACGACAAGAUCGCACAGAUGCUGCUAGAGCGAGGAGCCAAUAUCAACGCCCAAGGUGGAGGGUACGGAAAUGCCCUCCAUGCUGCUUGUUCCGGAGGACACAAUAAGAUCGCACAGAUGCUGCUAGAGCAAGGAGCCGAUGUCAACGCCCAAGGUGGAGACUACGGAAAUGCCCUCCAGGCUGCUUAUUCCGGAGGACACGAUAAGAUCGUACGGACACUGCUAGAGCAAGGAGCCAAUAUCAACGCCCGGGGUAGAGACUACGGAAAUGCUCUCCAGGCUACUUAUUCCGGAGGACACGAUAAGAUCGCACAGAUGCUGCUAGAGCAAGGAGCCGAUAUCAACGCCCAGGGUGGAUACUACGGAAAUGCCCUCCAGGCUGCUUGUUCUGGAGGACACGAUAAGAUUGUACAGAUACUGCUAGAGCGAGGAGCCGAUGUCAACGCCCAGGGUAGAGACUACAGAAAUGCCCUCCAGGCUGCUUAUUCCGGAGGAUACGAUAAGAUCGCACAGAUGCUACUAGAGCAAGGAGCCGAUAUCAACGCCCAGGGUGGAUACUACGGAAAUGCCCUCCAGGCUGCUUGUUCCGGAGGACACGACAAGAUCGCACAGAUGCUGCUAGAGCAAGGAGCCAAUAUCAACGCCCAGGGUGGACACCACGGAAAUGCCCUCCAGGGUGCUUGUUCCGGAGGACACGACAAGAUCGCACAGAUACUGCUAGAGCGAGGAGCCGAUAUCAACGCCCAGGGUGGACACCACGGAAAUGCCCUCCAGGGUGCUUGUUCCGGAGGACACGACAAGAUAGCACAGAUGCUGCUAGAGCAAGGAGCCGAUAUCAACGCCCAAGGUGGAGACUACGGAAAUGCCCUCCAGGGUGCUUGUCUUAGAGGACACGACAAGAUCGCACAGAUACUGCUAGAGCGAGGAGCCGAUAUAAACGCCCAGGGUGGAGGGUACGGAAAUGCCCUCCAUGCUGCUUGUUCUGGAGGACACCACAAGAUCGCACACAUGCUGCUAGAGCGAGGAGCCGAUAUCAAUGCCCAGGGUGGAGACCACGGAAAUGCCCUCCAAGCAGCUCAUCGGGGAGGUUAUCACCACAUAGUGAAACUUCUCCAGGAACAUCAAUAUGCUGAUCAGUCGACCUCCCAAUCUUCCCCUUCCAAAAGGCUGAAGGUUUCAUCAUGA